AUGACCAGCAGCAGUCUGUCCUCUAACGUCUCCUCGUCUCCUCCACAGGAGUGUCCCUCCACCCACGACCUGGUGAACUCGCUGCGUCAGGUGGAGAAGAUGUUGGCGGUCCACGAGGCGUCGUACCAGCAGGGCCUGCGCUCCCUCAGGAAGAAGAUCAGCGCUCUGCACAACAGCACCAUGGCCAUCUUCAAGACCGGCGGCAGAUUCAGUGAUGGAGAUCGCAGCACAUUAAACACUGAGGGUUUAAUCCUUCACGUUCGGGAGGUAAAUGUCUGUCUGCUCGCAGCAUCCUGCACCAAACCAGAACCGCCCGCUCACGGCCGCCGACUGGGCCGAGUGUUUGGCAUCGGACACGAGGUCCACUUCCUGUGCAAGCCUGGCUACGAGCUGAUUGGCCCGCGGACCCGAGUGUGUCUGGAGUCUCUGAGGUGGAGCGGCCAGCAGCCAAUGUGCCGACGCCUCAACACCGGCAACUCCUUGGCCUCCUUCUCUCCUGCAGCUCCGUCCUCCUCCUUCCCUGCCUCUGCUGCUCUGUCAGCAUCCUCCUCCUCCUCUUCACCUUCUCCCCUCUCCUCCUUAUCGCCCACGACUUCCUCCCCGUCCUCCUCCGUCCGUCCGUCUCACUGCACUCACUUCCUGGGCUCCACCCGCUGCACCUGCGACGUGGGUUUCACCAUAUCAGGCCGUGACAACAACAUCUGCACAGAUAUCGACGAGUGCCGUCUGUUCCCUCUGGGUCAGCCGGGUCGGCUCUGCGUCCAUCAGUGUGUCAACACUCCUGGCAGCUUCCACUGCUUCUGUCCAGCCGGCUACGACCUCGCCAGAGAUGGCCGCAGCUGCACAGACAUCGACGAGUGUGAAAACCGGAUGCACAACUGCACGGCAGAGCAGCUGUGUGUCAACACCUUCGGAGGGUUCCAGUGUGUGACGGUGGAGUGUCCUCACAUGAGGAACGCCACGUACAUCAAGACGUCGCCGAUGCGCUGUGAGAGGAACCCGUGCAUGCUGGGAGAUAAAGGCUGCACUCAGGCUCCGAGCUCCAUCUCCUUCCACUUCCUGGCGGUGGUGUCCAACAUGUCAGCACCUCGCGUCCUGUUCCGGGUGUCCGCGGCCCGCGUGCUGGGUGACACGCUGCGGUUCGGCCUGGCCGGCGGCCGUGGGCGGGGCCACUUCAGCGUGCAGCGGUCCGGGCGGCAGACGGGGACCCUCCUCCUGGUGACGCCCAUCAAGGGUCCCGCCGCUCUGGAGGCCGAGGUGGAGAUGAGCGAGCUGGAGCACAACUCCCUGCUGGGGCGCUACCUCACCAAGGUCACGCUGUUCGUGUCUCCGUAUGAGUUCUAGAGGGACGAGCGAUGAGCGCCGGGUUCAUCAGGGUCCAACUGGGUCUGGUACCAUUUUUAUAGUCAGUUAAACUAGUGGAGAACUUUUACAGUCCAACUGAAAUCUCAAUUGUCCUUUACAGAAGUCAAAAAUCAUGUCAGAGUGAUUACUGAAUAUAUUGUUGAUGUUUCUGGGUAAUUUUAUGGCCAAAUUGCUGCUGAGCAGCUUCCAGAGGACCGACCGGGGGUCCAGAUCCAAGGCAACAUCUUUGGGGUGUAAACUAAGACGUCCAUGUUUGUAGAUACGUUAGCCAGCGAAAAGAAGACAUGUUCAGUCUCCUAAUGAAAUAACAUGCACUGAAACUGCAGCAGGACUUAGUGUUGAUUGUGGAGCCACAAGAUAAAAUCUGAUUUUUGUAUUGAACACAAUAUCAACACGUCAAAUUCUCAGAACAUUAGUCACACCAGCAUUCUUUCAUCUACGAGGGGAUUUAACCCGAGCUGUGACUUGUGACGUGAUGAUGAAAGUGAGAAUCUUUCCGAGGUUGAGGAGAAGGAGGGACGUCAAACCACUGAGUGUUUCUGACUCGCCGCAUCUGUUGAGCUUCUUCUGUUUGACUGUAACUCUGUUUAUAAUCUGUGUUCAUGUAGACGAUGUGCGAGUUAAACCCAACAGAAGAUUUUCACAAUCACAGAAGAAUCAAACGAUAAAGAGUUGGUUCUGUCGGUCAGGACGACCGGCAGCUGUGUGGGCUGUAAAAGAUUUUUUUUAGUAACUAAAUGAAUAAUUUGUGGCUCUGAUGCAUCAUCGUGACAGUCCAGUCGCAGGAAGUCGCUCAAACAUUUAAAACUAUUUGUUCUUCUGCAGCAGAUUAAAACGUUUUUAAUCCAGAUUUUGUUGUGAGGAUUCUGUAAAUGUUGUUGAGGAUGUAAAAAGAUCACGAGGGAUUUAUCUUUGAGAAACAGUCGCUCGCUCUGUCAGAUGAACUUAUAAUAAAGCUGUGGCAGGAUGUUUGCUGUCUG